AUGGCUUCAUUUGCGGUUCAUUAUUUCGUCAUUGGAUUGAUUUUAGCCAUUGUGGGCACAUUUUCUAUAAGCUACCUAAUUUCGACAUCAGAACAGCAUGCGUCUAUUAUCUUCCCAUAUAUAAGUGAUACUGGUGCUCUACCGCCUGAAAGCUGCGUAUUUGGUCAACUGCUCAAUAUAUGUUCGUUUCUUUCUUUCGUAUGUAUUUAUUGUUGGUAUCUACAUGAGCGCAAUGUAAUAUACGCCCUUGAAGGACCUAACUCUCAUAUUGUUUUUGCACGUAUUACUUGCAUCGUUGGCUGUCUAAGCGCACUGGGGAUGUCAAUUGUGGCUAAUUUCCAGGAAGCAUCUUUAAUAGUUGUUCAUUUAAUCGGUGCAGUGAUGACUUUCGGACUGGGCAUCGUAUUUUCAGCAUUAGUCACCUAUUCUACACGUAGACAUUUGGAAUACAAUUUCAGGAUAUAUGUAUUCCGUCUGUUUUUAACUAUUUGUGGUUUUCUCGCGAAUCUGGGAGUGUUCAUUUUUGGGCACUUAUCUGGGGGAAUCCACGGUCCAUUCCCUAGAAAAUGGGAUCCAUCUGAAGCGGGUUUCAAAUAUCAUGCAUUGAGUAGCUUUUGCGAAUGGUUAAUGUCCUUCACCUUCUUACUGUUUUUCGCUUCUAUGAUAUUUGAACUGAGAACUAUGAGUUGGAAUCGGUUAAAAUAA